GGGUGCCGGGUUUUGGGGUGCCCCCACCCCAGGUCGAGACCCCCGCCGUUGCGGUGACGUCACAGGGAUCACCCGCCACUGGCCAAUGGGGUCCGCGCCACGGGGCCCGUGGGGCUGGGGGUCUCCCGCCGCUCUAUGGUGCCAGGCGAGGCAGCGCGGCCGGUGAGCGGCCGCUCUAGCCCUCACCGCAACUCUAUGGCGGGGCGGGUCGCCGCCUCCGCUCUAGCCGUGGUCCUCCGAGCACUCAAUGGUCCCUCCGCGUCGCGGCCGUGCGGUCCUCCCAAGGCACCGCCCAGAGCGGCUCGUCUCUAUGGCGGAAGUGGGGGUGAGUUCCGGCGGCGGCAGCAGCGGCGCGGGGGAAGCUCCGCGCGAGGGCCAGGUGCCACCUUCCCCGGAGCUGCUCCCCUGCACUCCCCCCGCAGCUGCUGUGUUGGGUCCGGGACAUGUGGGGCCGGGGGGGGCACUGAACUGCUUGCUGCGCUCGGCCUCCCGCCCCUCCCAAAGCCCCGGUGCCUCCCCCUGCCACCAUGGCUGACACGCUGGAGUUCAACGAGAUCUACCAGGAGGUGAAGGGCUCCAUGAACGACGGGCGGCUGCGGCUGAGCCGCCAAGGUGUCAUCUUCAAGAACAGCAAGACGGGGAAGGUGGACAACAUCCAGGCCUCGGAGCUGGCCGAGGGCGUGUGGCGGCGCGUGGCGCUGGGCCACGGCCUCAAGCUGCUCACCAAGAACGGCCAUGUCUACAAGUACGAUGGAUUCCGGGAGUCGGAGUUCGAUAAGCUCUCGGAUUUCUUCAAGGCGCAUUAUCGCCUGGAGCUGGCGGAGAAGGACCUGUGUGUGAAGGGCUGGAACUGGGGCACGGUGCGGUUCGGCGGACAGCUCCUCUCCUUUGACAUCGGGGAGCAGCCGGUGUUCGAGAUCCCCCUCAGCAACGUCUCGCAGUGCACGACGGGCAAGAACGAGGUGACGCUGGAGUUCCACCAGAACGACGACGCUGAGGUCUCGCUCAUGGAGGUCCGGUUCUACGUGCCACCCACCCAGGAGGACGGCGUGGACCCUGUGGAGGCCUUCGCCCAGAACGUCCUCUCCAAAGCAGACGUGAUCCAGGCCACCGGAGACGCCAUCUGCAUCUUCCGGGAGCUGCAGUGCUUGACGCCACGCGGGCGCUACGACAUCCGCAUCUACCCCACCUUCCUGCACCUGCACGGCAAGACCUUCGACUACAAGAUCCCCUACACCACCGUGCUGCGCCUCUUCCUGCUCCCGCACAAGGACCAGCGGCAGAUGUUCUUUGUGAUUAGCCUAGACCCCCCGAUAAAGCAGGGCCAGACCCGCUACCACUUCCUGAUCCUGCUCUUCUCCAAGGACGAGGACAUCUCGCUGACCCUCAACAUGAACGAGGAGGAGGUGGAGAAGCGCUUCGAGGGGCGGCUCACCAAGAACAUGUCGGGCUCCCUCUAUGAGAUGGUCAGCCGGGUGAUGAAGGCUCUGGUGAACCGCAAGAUCACGGUGCCUGGCAACUUCCAGGGGCACUCGGGAGCACAGUGCAUCACCUGUUCCUACAAGGCCAGCUCGGGGCUGCUGUACCCGCUGGAGCGCGGCUUCAUCUACGUGCACAAGCCGCCCGUGCACAUCCGCUUCGACGAGAUCUCCUUCGUCAACUUCGCCCGCGGCACCACCACCACCCGCUCCUUCGACUUUGAGAUCGAGACCAAGCAGGGCACGCAGUACACCUUCAGCAGCAUUGAGAGGGAGGAGUACGGGAAGCUCUUUGACUUCGUCAACGCCAAGAAGCUGAACAUCAAGAACCGUGGCCUCAAGGAGGGCAUGAAGCAGAGCUAUGACGAGUACGCUGACUCGGACGAGGACCAGCACGACGCCUACCUGGAGAGGAUGAAGGAGGAGGGCAAGAUCCGGGAGGAGAACGCCAACGACAGCAGUGACGGCUCUGGGGAGGAGACGGACGAGUCCUUCAACCCCGGAGAAGAGGAUGAUGACGUGGCUGAAGAGUUUGACAGCAACGCCUCAGCCAGCUCCUCCAGUGGUGAUGGGGACAGCGACCAGGACGAGAAGAAGCCAGCCAAGAAGGCCAAGCUCGUCAAAGACCGCAAGCCCCGCAAGAAGCAGCCGGAGAGCAAGAAGGGGAAGGACCCUAACGCGCCCAAGCGGCCCAUGUCCGCGUACAUGCUGUGGCUCAACGCCAGCCGCGAGAGGAUCAAGUCAGACCACCCUGGCAUCAGCAUCACCGACCUGUCCAAGAAGGCGGGGGAGCUCUGGAAAGCCAUGUCCAAGGAGAAGAAGGAGGAGUGGGACCGCAAGGCGGAGGACGCCCGGCGGGACUACGAGAAGGCCAUGAAGGAGUACAGCGCGGGCAGCAGGGCCGAGAGCUCCCGGGAGAGGUUGAAAAAGAAGAAGAAGAAGCAGGAGAAGCAGCUGAAGGGGAAGGCGGAGAGGAAAGGGGCUGCCAAGUCCUCGUCCUCCAGCAAGUCGCCCGCCAAGAGCACCAACGAGAGCUUCAAGAGCAAGGAGUUCGUGUCCAGCGACGAGAGCUCCUCCGCAGAGAGCAAGAAGGAGGACUCGGAGGAGGAGGGGGCGGCCAGCGCGCCCCCCAGCUCGGAGGAGUCGGCGUCUGGCUCGGAUUAGCCUGUCCCCGUCCCAGGCUGGUUCCGGCUGGGGAAGGACCAGACGGUCCCCGCGGGACCCCAGCGUUCGGGGUGGGGUGGGGGCCGCGGUGCCUGUGGGGUGAGAGGCGGGGGGGCCUCGCUCCCGCCUCAGCCCUCUUUCGCAUCAAUUUAUUUUUUUUAAAUACUCGGGUUUCUUUCCUUUUUUCCUUCCUUGUUUGUUAUUCUCUUUAUUUUUGUAUUUUGCAUCCGUUCACGUGGCAACUCGAAUUGAAUAAAACCUCCCCCGCGAGGGUGUGAGUGGGUGUGGGGCCGGCUCCCCCCUCCCUGCCUGCC